AUGAAUAGUAUAUCACAAUUAGAAAAUCAGGGAUUUCUAUGUGGAUUGAUGUUUGUAUACAAAUAUAUAGUUAUAGCUGACAUGACGUACCAUCUUAAUGAGUGCAAAGUAAUAAUUUCAAAACGUUUGUUUUGUCAAGAAACAGCCUGCAAAAAUGUUAUGUUUCUCGAAGAACAAUUGAAAGAAGUUUUUAAAUUUAAAAAUAGUAACGUUAGUAAUUGGAUUAUUGAGAAUAAAGCUCGUACAUUAUGUAUUGGAUACUACGAUAGUAAAAAAGAAGAUAAACAACAACUUUUACGUGCAUUAGCAGCUAAGUAUGCAGUUCGACAUAAUGAAAUAUAUAAUGUGGCAAAGAAAUUGGUUUCUACAGAGCCUGACAAUAAGUUACGCCUACUUUCUUUCGAACGGAACUUAAAAAAUAUUCUUAUACCAGAUUAUCAAUGGCUUUUUCUUAUCAUUGGGAGACUUGAAUGUGGUGUAAAAUUUCUUGUCGAUUUGAGGACAGAUAUUUUAGACUUAAUGUUGGAAACCCAAGAAACAGAUGAAAAUGUUACGAUACAACAGUUAGAUAGGACAUUACGAGAUUUAUUCUUACUCUGGUUUUCAGUUGGAUUUCUGCAUGUAGAGAGAGUAACUUGGCAAACUGCGUGUGACAUAUUGCAAAAGGUUUCAGAUUACGAAGCAAUACAUCCUGUAAAAAAUUGGUUAGACUUGAAACAAAGAGUUGGACCUUAUAGGAGAUGUUAUAUAUUUACACAUCCGUCUAUGCCAAGAGAACCUCUUGUUGUGUUACAUACAGCAUUAUGCGAUGUAAUACCUGUAACUGUAAAAGGUAUUGAAGAAGCAAAAACCAGAAUCCUUGGUAAUACAAAAAAGGCUAUAACAUUUCUAGAAGAAGACAAGACUAAAAUAAAAGCAGCAAUAUUUUAUUCGAUAACUUCUACACAAAAGGGAUUACGUGGUAUCGAAUUAGGUAAUUAUCUAAUAAAGGAAGUGGCGAGCGAAGUAAUAUCUGAAUUUCCUAUGAUACAUGAAUUAUCAACUUUAUCGCCAAUACCUAAUUUUCGAAGUUGGUUACUUGAAAAAUUGAAACAAGAUGUAUGUUGUAUAUUUACCGACGGAGAAAUUAAAUCUAUACAAAAUGUUACACAAGAAGAGAAUAUAGUAUUUAAUUUGAAAAAAAUUGUUAAUAACUCAUUGUGGACCAGUGAUGAAGAAUUGUGUAAAGUGUUAGAAAAGCCGCUAGUUCGAGCAUGUGCUUGGUAUUUAUAUAAAGAAAAACGACGAAACUACGCUUUGAAUAAUGUUGCCAAUUUUCAUUUGCGCAAUGGGGCUGUUCUGUGGAGAAUAAAUUGGUUGGCUGAUCCUUCACCGCGUGGUGUUGCGAAUAGUUGUGGUAUUAUGGUGAACUAUAGGUAUUACCUAAAUGAAAGUGAAAAGAAUAGUCAAAAUUACAUCGAAAAUUAUUUCAUAAAUGCUUCUGAAAAUAUAAUCGAUCUCUCUGCGCAGCAAGACAAAUUAUUCAAUAAACAUUAAAAUUACAAAGAAAAAAUCAAUGGUUUUGGAUGGGACAAUAUACAUCUGGUACCUGUAGUCAAGGC